CACUGGCAGGGGAGGGGACUCGGGAGCUGACAGUAGAGAGGAAAUUCCCUUGGAACCUGUUCCUCUGCUUCCUGGCCCCGCUUGUGCGCUGGAGGAGAGGCCAGGCCAAGGGCCCAGCCUGCCAUGGCCUCGGCCCUGAACCCACCCCGGGCCCCCAAGCCCAAGUGUGCCCUGCCCUCACACUACCAUGAGAGCUUUCUGGAGAAGAAGGGCCCCCGGGACCGGGAUUACAGGAAGUUCUGGGCUGGCCUCCGGGGCCUCACUGUCUAUUUCUACAAUAGCAACAGGGACUCCCAGCACGUGGAGAAGAUAGACCUCGGAGCAUCUGUGAAAGUCACAGAUGGCCCUGGUGUACAUUUUAACCUCUUCGUCCGGGACCAGGAGAUCAAAUUCAAGGUAGAGAGCCUGGAGUCUCGGGAGAUGUGGAAAGGCUUCAUCCUGACAGUGGUGGAGCUCCGGGUCCCGUCCAACCUGACCCUGCUGCCCGGACACCUGUACAUGAUGGCCGAGGCCCUGGCCAAAGAGGAGGCGCGCCGCGCGCAGGAGAUGCCCUCGUGCUUCCUGAAGGUGAGCCGGCUGGAGGCGCAGCUGCUGCUGGAGCGCUACCCCGAGUGCGGGAACCUGCUGCUGCGACCCUGCGGGGACGGCGCGGACGGCGUGUCCGUCUCCACGCGCCAGACGCUCGGCGGGUCGCCGCUGGUCCGGCACUACAAGGUGAAGCGCGACGGCCCCCAGUACGUGAUCGACGUGGAGGAGCCGGUCUCCUGCGCCUCACUCCAAGCCGUGGUCAACUAUUUCGUAUCGCAAACCAAGAAUGCUCUGGUGCCCUUCCUCCUGGACGAAGACUAUGAGAAGGUGCUAGGCUACGUGGAGGCGGAUAAAGAGAACGGCGAGAGUGUGUGGGUAGCGCCCUCCGUCCCCGCGGUCCUCUGCCCAGGUGCUGCAUCCCUUGCCGGCGGCCCCAAGCAGCUACCUCCGGUGCCCGUCAUACCCGCGCCCAGACAGCACACGCUGCCCCCGCUGCUGAACCCGGAUGAGGACUAUGUGAUCCCCAUUAAAGAUGCCCCCGUGACCGACUACGAGAACAAGGAUGUGCUUUCUCCUGGUUGGCCAGAGGUUCGGAAGCCCAAGCAGUGUCCCCCGGCCCCAAGAGUUCAGGCAAAGCCACACACUGCACCCAAGCCAGAGCCCAGGGGCCUUCCCAGCGGCCUUGUCAAGAAGCCGGCCAUUGGCUCGGCACAGGGUGUCUCUGCCACAACAGGGUUGGCCAAGGUGACCGCGGAGCUGGAAGAGAAGCUGCAGAGGCGGCGGGCCCUGGAACACUCAGCCGAGCACUCCGAGGACUAGCGGGCCAGGCUUGGAGCCCAUGUGGCACCCGGCAGUCAGAUGGUCCCCUCCUCCCAGAAUUAAAGUUCGAGUGACC